CAGAGCCUCCGGAAGGCAGAGUAAAUCCUGGGCGGGGUUUUCGGCCACAGGUGCUGGAAGGUUCGGGGCGAUUCUGUUAGAGGCGCCGACCCCGAGGGAAGGGUGUGCGCUGAGCUGCUGAGAGAGCCACCUUACGUCCAGCCACGACCAGGCCCAAAGACUCCUUCAGAGCCCCCAUCCCCUCCAUCACCCCCGCUCUCCCUUCCCCGCUCAAGGCUACCUGCCGCUUCCCUCCCUCCCUCCUGUCACCUGUUUUCCAGAAAGCAACCUGAGAAUGAACGGCCAGGACGGGCCGCAGUGACUGCCCCCCCCCACCUCCGGGAGGCACAGGGGGCAAGACUCUGGUCGGAGACCCCGGGUUGCGGCCCCGCCCCCGCCCGGGAGGUCCCCGUAUCUCCGGCUCCCUAGCUCCAUCCUGAGUCCGCGCUUCCAUUCUAGGCUGGACCUAAGGUCGAGGAUAUCAAAACGGUAGCCCCACAUGUUUGUCUUAAGCUCUUUCCCAGCGUUGCGAUCAUGGGGUGAAUUUUAGGACAGGUGUGAAUGCGGCGAAGCUGCCCACGCCGAGCGUAAGCGUGGAGGGCGUCCUGCGGCUGGGCGGGCACUGAGACAGCCAUGCUCAGCACGCAGACAUUUUUCUUCUUCCCCACGGCCCCCUUCGUCCUCUUUGUCUUCACGGCUUCCACCAUAUUUCACCUUCAUCAGAGGCUAGAGAAGAUGCAACUCGCGUGGGAGUUAGAGGCGCUGGAGCCAGCAACUACGGAGACCCCCUCGCGUCCCCAGCCGAGGCCCCAGCUGAAGGGCAUGUGGACCAUCAACGCCAUAGACCGCCUGGGGAACCAGAUGGGGGAGUACGCCACCCUGUACGCCCUGGCCAAGAUGAACGGGCGCGCCGCCUUCAUCCCGCCCCAGAUGCACAGCACGCUGGCCCCCAUCUUCCGAAUCACACUCCCGGUUCUACACGACGCCACGGCCAGGAGCGUCCCCUGGAAAAACUACCACCUGAACGACUGGAUGGAGGAGCAGUACCGCCACAUCCCGGGGGAGUAUGUGCACCUCACCGGCUACCCCUGCUCCUGGACCUUCUACCACCACCUCCGUGCCGAGAUCCUCCGGGAGUUCACCCUGCACGCCCACGUGCGUGAGGAGGCCCAGAACUUCCUGCGGGGUCUGCGAGUGAAUGGCAGCCGGCCGAGCACCUACGUGGGGGUGCACGUGCGCCGAGGGGACUACGUCCACGUUAUGCCCAACGUGUGGAAGGGUGUGGUGGCUGACCGGCGAUACCUAGAGCAGGCCCUGGACUGGUUCCGUGCUCGCUACAGCGCCCCCAUAUUUGUGGUCUCCAGCAAUGGCAUGGCCUGGUGUCGGGAAAACAUCAACGCCUCCCGUGGCGACGUGGUGUUUGCCGGCAAUGGCAACGAGGGCUCGCCCGCCAAGGAUUUUGCCUUGCUCACGCAGUGUAAUCACACCAUCAUGACCAUUGGGACGUUCGGGAUCUGGGCCGCCUACCUCGCAGGUGGAGAGACCAUCUACCUAGCCAAUUACACCCUCCCAGACUCUCCCUUCCUCAAAGUCUUUAAGCCAGAGGCAGCCUUCCUGCCAGAGUGGAUUGGGAUCCCUGCUGACCUGUCCCCACUCCUCAAGCACUGAUGUUGGCUGGUUCUUGGCACCCCAUUCUCCUUUUUGGACUCCCCCAAGAUCAGUUCUGGGGUGUGAGGAGCACGUUGUUACAUGUUCCAGGGGGGCUUCCGUCUUGUACCAUAAUGCUUCAGGCUGCAAGCCUGAAGUCCCAACAGAAGUCCCAACUAACUUGUUUAAAUAACAUAUUCAUGAGUCUCACAUAACAUGAGCAGAGACGGCAGGUCUCCAGGGUUAAUUCAGCAGCUCAACAGGUCAUCAGCAACCCCAGUACUAUCCAUCUUGUUGAGCUUCCAUAAUCUCUUAAAUCAGCUCCCAUAUGCUCCUUUUGGUCCCAAGAGGGCUGCCACAUACCCAGGUGUUGUACAGAUAUCCUCUUUCCAAGGCAGUAAAAAGAAGUUUGUUUUUAUCUUGUGUCCCCUUUGAAGAGUGUGGGAAACCUUCCAAAUCUCCCUGCAACUGGUCCCAGGUCUCAUUGACCAGAAGGGUGUCGCAUGCCCUCUGACCCCUCCUUAUAAGGCAUGGUGAAUUAGACCCUGGGUUGACUUAGCUUCAGAUCAAUAAAUCAUUGCUCCCUGCAGCUGUGGAAUCA